UCAAGAAGUUACCAUACGAAAGAGGGGAGGCUAAUGUGGUGGUGUUUGAGCACCGCUCUCUCCCAUGGCCGCCGCCGAUCACCACCACCGUCACCGUUCUCAUAGAAACAUCCCUCUCCCAUUCCCAUGCUCCUCUUCCCCCCUCCUCCUCCUCUCUCUCCUCUCCCUCGCCUCGCUCAUCCUCGCUUUCUCUCUCUUCAAAACCUCCACCGAGGCCCCUCCUCUCUCUCCUCACCACCAGACAAACCUCGAUAUGAAAAAAGCAUCGGACGGCCUCUGCGACUACUCGGAUGGCAAGUGGAUCUUCGAUCCGACGGCCGGAUCUGAUUGGUACGAUCAGACAUGCAAGGAGAUAUUCAAGGGCUGGAAUUGCAUUGGCAGUAACAAGUCCAACGCGCUUGAUAUUGUCAAGUGGCGGUGGAAGCCACGUCACUGCGAGCUUCCGCGGUUCGAUCCUCUUCGGUUCCUCCAACGAUACAGGGACACCAAUAUCGGGUUCAUAGGUGAUUCCUUAAAUAGGAAUAUGUUUGUCUCUCUUUUCUGUACUUUAAAACGAGUGUCAGGUGAAGUGAGAAAGUGGCGUCCUUCUGGAGCUGACCGUGGUUAUACCUUUCUUCAGCACAACCUUACAGUAGCGUAUCAUCGCACAAACCUAUUGGCGCGUUAUGGUAGGUGGUCAGUCAGCAGUACUGGUGGCGUGCUAGAGUCCCUCGGUUAUAAUGUGGGUUAUAGAGUUGAUGUUGACAUUCCCGAAGGAACAUGGGCAGAGGCUCUGAGUUUCCAUGAUGUUCUCAUCUUUAACACGGGACACUGGUGGUGGGCUCCUUCAAAGUUUGACCCCGUAAAAUCACCCAUGCUUUUCUUUGAAAAAGGUUUGCCUGUGAUGCCUCCAAUACCUCCUGCUGUUGGGCUUGAUAUGGUUUUAAAACACAUGAUAUCGUUUGUGGAGAGAAGAAUGAAACCAACUGCAAUCCUAUUUUUUCGCACACAAUCCCCUCGACAUUUUGAAGGGGGUGAUUGGAAUCAAGGUGGUUCUUGUCAGCGAAUCUAUCCUUUGUCGCCACAAGAGGUUGGUAAGCUUUUCUCCGUGGAAAACAAUGGAACAAAUGUGGAGACACGCCUUGUGAACCAGCGUUUGUACAAGGCCCUGGAUCGUUCUGUUUUCAAUGUACUGGACAUAACCUGUAUGAGUGAGUUUAGAGCAGACGCCCAUCCGUCAACAGUUGGAGGAAAGAAACACGAUGAUUGCAUGCACUGGUGCUUACCGGGAGUUACAGAUACUUGGAAUGACUUGUUCGUAGCCCAUCUAGAUAACAUUCAGCGGAGGAACUGAGAGGUGACUGUUUCAGUCUCUCUCUCUUUUUUUUUAAAAUCGGCGACUGUUUCAGUCUUACCAUUGGAAUGAUCCCAUGUAUGCUGGGGAUAGGGUUAGGGUUGAUUGCAACACAUGUUCCGUUGUACUAACCAGUAUUUCACAAAACAUUAGAAUGACUUGCCCCUAAUGGAGCUGAUGAUCUCAGGCACAAUGAAAUUCCAUUUUAGGAAAUUUUGUUUUACUAAAAUGAAGAAUUAUUCGAUUUAUUGA